UUCCGAGCUUAGCUGUGUCCCUGAACGCAGCAGAGCACGCUCAGCUCUCCAGUUCCCUUCGGUCCGGUGGGCGCUGUGUACCGGCCUUUGGACACCUCCUGGGACCCGUUACCGAAGAAAUGGGACUUUCUUGAUUUAACACCCGACACCAGUUAAAGAUUUGAUUCGAUUUGAAUGCUAAAAACCGGGUUUCAUACAAAGGCCUGUGCCUUCUGCACGAAGAAAAACUUCGCCCUCCAGACUUUUGACCCAGAAAAGAACCACAAAGUGUUCCCAUCUUCCUACAUCCAGUGGAUUGGAUGAGUACCAAACAGUGAUUAAGGCAGGCGACCAGUCAGGGCAGCCAACAGGAGAGCCAGGCUUGCCAUCAUGGCGGAUGUGGACCCAGACACCUUGCUGGAAUGGCUGCAGAUGGGUCAGGGUGAUGAGCGUGACAUGCAGCUCAUUGCUCUGGAGCAGCUUUGCAUGCUGCUGCUCAUGUCUGACAACGUUGAUCGCUGCUUUGAAACAUGUCCACCUCGGACCUUCCUACCAGCACUCUGUAAAAUCUUCCUGGAUGAAAGCGCUCCAGAUAAUGUUCUGGAGGUGACGGCCCGAGCAAUCACUUACUACCUGGAUGUGUCGGCCGAGUGUACCCGGAGGAUCGUGGGUGUGGACGGGGCCAUCAAGGCGCUGUGUAAUCGCUUGGUGGUGGUGGAGCUCAACAACAGGACAAGCAGAGAUCUGGCUGAGCAAUGUGUCAAGGUGUUGGAGCUGAUCUGUACCCGAGAGUCUGGUGCUGUGUUUGACGCUGGUGGUCUGAACUGUGUGCUGAGUUUUAUCAGAGACAGCGGACACCUGGUCCACAAAGAUACUUUACACUCAGCAAUGGCUGUGGUGUCCCGCCUUUGCAGCAAGAUGGAGCCUCAGGACUCAUCUCUGGAGACCUGUGUUGAGUCUUUGUCCAGUCUCCUCAAACAUGAAGACCAUCAGGUUUCAGAUGGGGCUUUACGCUGCUUUGCUUCAUUGGCUGAUCGAUUCACCCGUAGAGGUGUUGACCCCGCCCCUUUAGCUAAACACGGCCUUACAGAGGAGCUGCUGUCCCGCAUGGCAGCUGCCGGUGGUAUUGUAUCAAACUCCACCUCCUCCUGUAAGCCGGGGCGGCCCUCCACCGGCGCUACGCCCUGUGCUGCUGACUCCAAGCUGAGUAACCAGGUGUCCACCAUCGUCAGCCUGCUGUCCACGCUGUGCAGAGGUUCACCUCUGGUCACACAUGACCUGCUGCGUUCAGCACUACCUGACUCAAUGGAGUGUGCUUUGAGAGGAGAUGAGCGCUGUGUGCUCGACACCAUGAGGCUGGUGGAUCUACUGCUGGUUCUCCUGUUCGAGGGACGGAAGGCACUGCCAAAGUCAACUGCAGGUUCAGCGGGUCGAAUCCCCGGGUUACGGCGCCUGGACAGCUCAGGAGAGCGGUCCCACCGACAGCUGAUUGACUGUAUCCGCAGCAAGGACACAGACGCUCUGAUUGAUGCCAUCGAUACUGGAGCUUUUGAGGUAAACUUCAUGGAUGAUGUCGGACAGACGCUGCUCAACUGGGCUUCAGCUUUUGGCACUCAGGAGAUGGUGGAGUUUUUAUGUGAGCGCGGGGCAGAUGUUAACAGAGGUCAGAGGUCAUCCUCACUGCACUAUGCUGCCUGUUUUGGUCGCCCACAAGUAGCCAAGACUCUUCUGCGUCAUGGAGCAAACCCAGACCUGAGAGACGAGGAUGGAAAGACUCCUCUGGAUAAAGCCAGGGAGCGAGGACACAGUGAAGUGGUGGCUAUACUGCAGUCCCCAGGGGACUGGAUGUGUCCGGUGAACAAAGGUGACGACAAGAGGAAGAAGGAUGCAACCAAAGAGGAGGAGGAAGGCAGUGAGCCUAAAGGAGACCCAGAGAUGGCUCCCUUCUACCUGAAGAGGCUUUUACCUGUUUUUGCACAAACCUUUCAGCAAACCAUGCUGCCUUCCAUCAGGAAAGCCAGUCUGGCUCUGAUCAGAAAGAUGAUCCAUUACAGCAGUGAAGUUCUGCUGAGGGAGGUGUGUGACAGCGAGACGGGACACAACCUGCCCACAGUCCUUGUGGAGAUCACUGCCACUGUCCUCGAUCAGGAGGACGAUGAUGAUGGCCACCUCCUGGCUCUGCAGAUUAUCAGGGAUCUGGUAGAUAAAGGUGGAGAUGUUUUUCUGGACCAGCUGGCUCGAUUAGGAGUCAUCAACAAAGUAUCAACUCUGGCUGGGCCGGCAUCUGAUGACGAGAAUGAGGAUGAAGCAAAGCCCGAAAAGGAGGACGAUGUGCAGGAAGAUGCCAAGGAGAUUCAGCAGGGUAAGCCCUACCACUGGAGGGACUGGUCCAUCAUCAGGGGCAGAGACUGUCUUUACAUCUGGUCAGACGCCGCGGCCCUGGAGCUUUCCAAUGGCUCCAACGGCUGGUUUAGGUUCAUCCUUGAUGGGAAGCUGGCCACCAUGUACUCCAGUGGGAGUCCAGAAGGAGGCUCGGACAGCUCAGAAUCUCGCAGUGAAUUCCUGGAGAAGCUUCAGCGGGCAAGGAGUCAGGUGAAACCCGUGACGACCAGCCAGCCCAUCCUCUCCAUCGUCGGUCCCAUUAAGCUGACUGUUGGGAACUGGUCUCUGACUUGCCUGAAAGAUGGAGAGAUCGCCAUUCAUAACUCUGAUGGACAGCAGGCCACUAUUCUGAAGGAGGACCUCCCUGGCUUUGUGUUUGAAUCAAAUAGGGGAACCAAACACUCGUUCACUGCAGAGACAUCACUCGGUUCUGAGUUUGUCACUGGCUGGACUGGGAAGAGAGGCAGGAAGCUGAAAUCCAAACUAGAAAAGACGAAGCAGAAGGUGAAGAGCAUGGCCAGGGAGCUGUAUGAUGACCACUUCAAAGCUGUGGAGAGCAUGCCCAGAGGAGUGGUGGUGACCCUGAGGAACAUCUCCACUCAGCUGGAGUCUGCCUGGGAGCUUCACAUCAACAGACAGAGUCUUGAGGGGGAGAACACGUGGAGGGACCUGAUGAAAACAGCUCUGGAGAACCUGAUUGUGGUUUUGAAGGAUGAAAACACCAUUUCACCUUAUGAAAUGUGCAGCAGCGGUCUGGUCCAGGCUCUGUUCACCGUCCUCAGCAAUAGUGCUGAACUGGAUGUGAAACAUGAUUGUAAACCUUUAAUGGAGAGGAUCAACGUCUUUAAGGCAGCUUUCAGCGAGAAUGAAGAUAAUGAAAGCCGACCUGCCGUUGCCUUAAUCAGGAAGUUGAUAGCUGUCCUGGAGUCGAUCGAGCGGCUACCUCUGCACCUGUAUGACACUCCCGGCUCCUCCUAUAACCUGCAGAUUCUGACCCGGAGGUUACGCUUCCGUCUGGAGCGAGCACCAGGGGAGACCGCUUUGAUCGAUCGGACAGGUCGCAUGCUGAAGAUGGAACCACUCGCCACCGUGGAGUCUCUGGAGCAGUACCUUUUGAAGAUGGUGGCAAAGCAGUGGUACGACUUUGAGCACUCAUCCUUUGUUUUUGUGAGGAAACUGAGAGAAGGACAGAGCUUCACUUUCAGACACCAACAUGAUUUUGAUGAGAAUGGCCUCAUCUACUGGGUUGGAACGAAUGCCAAGACGGCCUAUGAGUGGGUCAACCCCGCAGCCUACGGCCUGGUGGUGGUCACUUCUUCAGAGGGACGAAACCUGCCCUAUGGGCGGUUGGAGGACAUCUUAAGUCGAGACAGUUCAGCCCUCAACUGCCACACUAACGAUGACAAGAACGCGUGGUUUGCUGUUGACUUGGGGCUGUGGGUCAUUCCAUCAGCAUACACUCUGAGACACGCUAGGGGUUACGGCCGCUCUGCGUUGAGGAACUGGGUUUUUCAGGUGUCGAAGGACGGCCAGAACUGGUCCACUCUUUACACCCACAUAGAUGACAGCAGCCUCAAUGAACCCGGAUCAACUGCCACAUGGCCUCUGGACCCAUCCAAAGAUGAGAAGCAGGGCUGGAGACACAUCAGAAUCAAGCAGAUGGGCAAGAAUGCCAGCGGUCAGACCCACUACCUGUCCUUGUCCGGACUUGAGCUCUAUGGCACGGUCACAUCUGUCUGCGAGGACCAACUAGGUAAAGCUGUGAAAGAGGCAGAGGCAAACCUUCGUCGCCAGCGGCGUCUGUUCCGGUCUCAGGUCAUGAAGUACAUUGUCCCGGGUGCACGUGUUGUCCGUGGAAUCGACUGGAAGUGGCGAGACCAAGAUGGGAAUCCUUCAGGAGAGGGCACUGUUACUGGGGAAGCUCACAAUGGCUGGAUUGAUGUAACCUGGGAUGCUGGUGGCUCUAACUCUUAUCGUAUGGGCGCUGAAGGGAAGUUUGACCUCAAGCUUGCUCCAGGGUACGACCCUGAGUUGGCUGCCACUGCGCCGUCACCCAAACCUGUCUCAUCCACUGUUUCAGGUCCCGCCUCAUCCACGGUGGGACCCCCUGUGACACCAGCAGCUGUCGGCGGAACCACCACCACCACUACUUCAACCUCCUCAUGCUCCACCUUGUCUUCUACCCAGCAGCCUUCUUGGAGCAGUCUGGUGAAAAAUAACUGCCCCGACAAGGGUGGAGCCAGCUCCUCCAGCAGAAAGGGAAGCAGCAGCUCCGUCUGCAGUGUUGCUUCUUCUUCUGAUAUGAGUUUGAGCUCCUCUGCUGGGCUUGCCGGCUCUGGGGGUCUGCACCUGGAGAGAAGGGCUGAGGGUCUGCUGCUCGACCAUGGUGGGGUUGUGGGAAGAGUAACCGGAGGAGGGAUCAGCUGUGACGGACACCAGCAGGAGCCGAUCGUUGUGCUGUCCUCUGCGGCUGAGGGUGGAUCUGGUUCAGCGUCCAGCUCCAGCACACUGACUGCUGACACAGCAGGGACUGGGUUAGAACACCACUCUCCCUCCGCAGCGGCUGCCACCGACCCGGCCUCAGCCAUCUCUAUGGGACUGGUGAGCGUCAGCUCCCCUGAUGUCAGCUCCGUGUCAGAGUCUUCUAGUAAGGACACGCACUCCCAGAGGCCUCUCUGCCCAGCAACCAACACACGACUCUCUGUCAGCUCUCUCAUGGCCGCCGGCGCCCCCAUGAGUUCCAGUGCCAGCGUGCCCAACCUCUCAUCUCGAGAAGCCAGUUUUGUGGAGUCUUUUGUCCGUCGUGCACCCAACAUGUCGCGCACCAACGCCACCAACAACAUGAACUUGAGCCGCAGCAGCAGUGACAACAACACCAACACUCUGGGCAGGAAUGUCAUGAGUACAGCCACUUCUCCUCUCAUGGGAGCUCAGAGCUUUCCUAACCUCACCACCACUGGUACCACCUCCACUGUUACCAUGUCAACCUCCAUCGUCACUAGUGGCAACAAUGUUGCCACAGCACCCACGGGUCUGUCAGUCGGACAGCUGCUCAGCAACACGCUGACAACAAGCCUGACGUCUACAUCCAGUGAGAGUGACACAGGACAGGAGGCAGAGUUCUCUCUCUAUGACUUCCUGGACAGUUGCCGUGCCAACACGUUGUUGGCUGAGUUGGACGAUGAGGAGGACCUUCCAGAGCCCGAUGAUGAUGAUGAUGAAAAUGAAGAUGACAACCAAGAGGACCAGGAGUAUGAGGAAGUUCUGGAAGAGGAAGAGUAUGAGACUAAAGGGGGUAGGAGGAGGACAUGGGACGAUGACUUUGUUCUAAAGAGGCAGUUUUCUGCUCUGGUCCCUGCCUUUGACCCCCGACCAGGAAGAACUAAUGUCCAACAGACCACUGACCUGGAGAUCCCUUCGCCAGGUUUAGGGAUUCCUCGUUCAGAAGUUCGGGAGGAAGUGGAGUGUGUUCCCUCUCCUCACCUUUCUCUCACUCUGAAGGUUGCAGGGCUGGGGACAACACGAGAGGUUGAACUUCCUCUCUCCAACUACAGGCUAACCAUCUUCUACUACAUCCAGAGGCUCCUGCAGCUCUCGUGCAGCGGCUCCGUGAAAACUGACAAGCUGCGUCGCAUCUGGGAGCCCACAUACACGAUAAUGUACCGAGAGCUGAAAGACUCCGAUAAAGAAAAAGACAAUGGGAAGAUGGAAUUGUUCGAACAAAGCACAUGGGUCGGAGGUCGCUCAGGCGGUCUGAGUCCAAAUUUAGUUCCUGCCAGUCAGAGCAGUGAGAUCCUGGGCUGGGUGAGAGAGGCAGCUCAGGCUAAAGCAGGCUGCAGCCAGAACGCCUGUGGGGUGGAGGAUGUCCUGCAGCUGCUGCGCAUCCUCUACAUCAUUGGAAGAGACUCCACCUCUAAUGCUCGCACGUUGCAGGAAGAUGUUGACGAGCUGCAGUUCAAUGCAUCUCCAGAGGAGUUCACCAGCAAGAAGAUCACCACCAAGAUCCUACAGCAGAUAGAGGAGCCGCUGGCCGUCGCCAGCGGAGCACUGCCUGACUGGUGCGAGCAGCUCACCGCAAAGUGUCCUUUCCUCAUCCCCUUUGAGACCAGACAGCUGUACUUCACCUGCACUGCCUUUGGGGCCUCCAGGGCAAUUGUGUGGCUACAAAACCGACGGGAGGCCACCAUGGAGCGGUCCCGACCAUCCACCGCCGUAAGGAGGGACGACCCUGGAGACUUCAGGGUGGGUCGACUCAAACACGAGCGGGUCAAAGUCCCUCGAGGAGACUCCAUGAUGGAGUGGGCGGAGUCAGUCAUGCAGAUCCAUGCUGAUAGGAAGUCAGUGUUGGAGGUGGAGUUUCAGGGUGAAGAGGGAACUGGUCUCGGUCCCACUCUGGAGUUCUAUGCUCUGGUGGCCGCUGAGUUUCAGAGGACGUCUCUGGGUAUCUGGCUGUGUGACGAUGACUUCCCUGACGACGAGUCCCGACAGGUGGACCUGGGCGGCGGCCUGAAGCCUCCUGGUUUCUAUGUGCAGCGUUCUUGUGGACUGUUUUCAGCCCCCUUUCCUCAGGACAGCGAGGAGCUGGAGCGAAUCACCAAACUCUUCUAUUUCCUGGGAAUCUUUUUAGCAAAGUGCAUCCAAGACAACCGUCUGGUGGACCUGCCAGUGUCCCAGCCCUUCUUCAAACUGCUCUGUAUGGGGGACAUUAAAUCAAAUAUGAGCAAGCUGCUGUACCAGUCCCGGAGCUCGCUACCCGGCCAUGUCUCAGAACGACAUCAGCUGCAGCCCUGGCUGUCAGAGGUGCAGUCAGAGGCGUCCACCGAGGAGAGCCAGGAGACGUACUCAGUAGGCAGCUUCGAUGAGGACUCCAAGUCGGAGUUCAUCAUGGACCCACCUAAACGUAAAGCGCCUGCCUGGUACCAUGGCAUCCUGACCUGGGAUGACUUCCAACUCGUCAAUCCGCACAGAGCGAGCUUCCUAAAGGAGGUGAAGGAACUGGCAUUGAAGAGGAGACAGAUUCUAUCCAGCAAGACCUUGUCUGAAGACGAGAAGAACACUAGAUUACAGGACCUGAUGCUGAGGAACCCACUCGGCUCUGGACCGCCCCUCAGCAUAGAGGAUCUUGGGUUGAACUUCCAGUUCUGUCCUUCCUCAAAGGUUCAUGGAUUUUCAGCCGUAGAUCUGAAGCCAAAUGGGGACGACGAGAUGGUCACCAUGGAGAACGCAGAGGAGUAUGUAGAGCUGAUGUUUGACUUCUGUAUGCACACGGGCAUCCAGAAACAGAUGGAGGCCUUCAGAGAGGGAUUUAAUUGUGUUUUCCCGAUGGAGAAGUUGAGCUCUUUCAGUCCUAAAGAAGUUCAGAUGAUCCUGUGUGGAAACCAGACACCAUCUUGGAACGCUGAUGACAUCAUCAGCUACACGGAGCCAAAGCUGGGCUACACCAGAGACAGCCCUGGCUUUCAGCGCUUCAUUAGGGUUCUAUGUGGGAUGUCGUCUGACGAGAGAAAGGCGUUCCUUCAGUUCACUACCGGCUGUUCCACACUGCCUCCUGGUGGUCUGGCCAACCUGCACCCACGCCUCACCAUAGUCAGAAAGGUGGACGCUACGGACUCCAGCUACCCAUCGGUCAACACAUGUGUCCACUACCUGAAGCUUCCUGAAUAUUCAUCUGAAGACAUCAUGAGGGAGCGUCUGCUGGCCGCCACCAUGGAGAAGGGCUUCCACCUCAACUGACUUUUGCUGCUGUCUCACUGAGCAUGUGCUUCUCUGUCCCUGUUGCCCGAGCAACUGACUGAGUGAUGGAUGGAGGAGGUCCAUGUUUCAGAAAUCAAAAUAAAGAACUACCCCAUGUUUCUGUUGUCCUUCCUGAUCCUGCAGUGUGUGUGCGCGCGCACGUUCGUGCAUGUGUGUGUAUAUUCAGCGCCUGGUUUAACUUUUAGUUUUGUUUCCUUUUUUUCUUCUCUUUUUAAGUUUCAUUGUUCCAUUUAGCUUCUGUGUGCAGCAGUUUGUUUCUGACCAGGUGAAAGGUCAAAGUUCAGAGAGCUUUUGGUGUUUUAUUUCAGAAGCUGCAGAGACAAUAACACUGGUUCUGUGAUGCACAUCUAAAGCAAAGCGCUCUGCUCUCCCUGUAUUUUCUUUGUAUAUUAUAAACCUUUAUUUAACUGAAGUUGCCGUUUGGGGUCAAUAGAUAUUUUCAGAUGUGUACGCUCCAAAAAUAAUCAUUAAAAUGUUUGCAAAGUAUGAAGUUAA